UACAUUUGGUCCUGAAAAGCAACCUGGCAGUUCGUAACAAAACACAACACGCUCUCUCUGUCUGCAACGGAACCGAAGAUGGCCGAGCCGGUCAAGCUCAUCGGCUCCUCCAACAGCCCGUUCGUCCACCGCGCCGCCGUGGCCCUGCGCCUCAAGGGCGUACCCUACGAGUUCAUCCGCGAAGACAUGAGCUGCAAGAGCGAGCUGCUGCUCAAGCACAACCCCAUCCACAAGAAGGUGCCCGUGCUCCUCCACGGCGACCGGGCCGUCUGCGAGUCGCUCGUCAUCGUCGAGUACGUCGAUGAGGCCUUUGAGGGGCCGCCGCUCCUGCCCGCCGACCCCUACGACAGGGCCACCGCCCGUUUCUGGGCGCACUUCCUCGAUGAAAAGUGCCUGAAGUCGCUGUGGCCGGCGCUGUGGACGGAGGGCGAGGUGCAGAAGGCGUCCAUGAAGGAGGCGAGGGAGAACCUGGCGCUAGUGGAGGACCAGCUCAGGGAGAAGAGGUUCUUCGGAGGCGAUUCCAUCGGUCUCGCUGACGUAGCCGGCGCCGGUAUGCUGGCACACUGGCUCCGUGUGCUUGAGGAAGUGGCUGGAGUGAGCAUCCUGAACGACGAAGAAUACCCUGCUCUGCGCCGGUGGGCGAAGGAGUACACCGCCAACGAAGCUGUCAAGGAGUGCCUGCCGGACAGGGACCAGCUUUUGGCGCACUUCUCCAUGAUUAGGGACAAGUGCAUCUCGGUAGCCAAGUCCAUGCUGCAGAAAUAAAAAUCGAGCUCGUCGUCGUCGUCAUCUAGUAAUGUGUUUUUUCCUUUUUUAUGAUCAUGGACAUAGUCUGAAACACUAACCCAGAACAAAACAGCGUGAUACUCCCUCGAAGAAGAAGCAAAAAUUUGGCCACGUUUAGAAAA